CUACUUUGAGCUAGCAAUGACCUGAAGCUCUCCGUUUUGGUUGAAAUGCGCCUUUAAAGCCUUUGUGGAUUAACUUUCUCCAGCCUUUCUAGCGGUGGAUCUGUGAUCAUUAGUGGAGGCUGUAGCUCAUGCUGGUGACAUUUCUGUGAAGCUGUUAAGAUAACCAUGAUGAACCUGUGCUAACACCUUGAUUAUUCUUUGCAAUCACCCUCUGCCUUUCAACAAAAUCUUGAUUCAGGUUGACAGCUGGUGAGGUGUUAUCUAUGGAGGGGAGCUUGUGACCUUCCCAAUAGCCUGGGGAACACUGGGCAGCCUGUGGUGAAUGUCUGGAAAACACCAGUUUAUUGUUUGUCCAAGUCGUUCGGUCAUCACCGGUUGGUGCCUCCUCCUUUCCUCCUCUUCCUCCCCUCCUUCCAUUCUACCGGCCAGCCAUCCGCCAUGUCGCAAGGUCAGAACUUCCUCCCCAAAUUCCUGUUUGUCUCCAACCUUCUGAAAGCCGUGAAGAUCCGUCAGCGAGUGCCCAACGACGUAGUGAAGCCCGGCACCAGCGGCGGCCUCAUGCACCACCUCCGGGGAAUGCAUCGCUACACGCUGGAGAUGAUCGCCAUGAACCACUUCCCCCAGGCCUUCAGGGAGGUAGUUCAAGCCGCCAUCUUGGACCGAGCCAUGCAGGCCUCAUUGGAGCAAGAGAAGAAGCUGAACUGGUGCCGAGAGUUGAAGAAGAUGGUGCCCUUACGUACCAAUGGAGAUGGGAACUGUUUGCUUCAUGCGACCUCACAGUACAUGCUAGGUGUUCAGGAUACAGACCUGGUGCUUCGGAAAGCUCUCCACAGUGUUCUAAAAGAGACAGAUACUGGAGUGUUUAAAGCUCGCUUCCAGGCAGAACUGCUGCAGUCCCAGGAAUUCACCCAGACUGGACUCCGAUACACCACCAUGAACUGGGAGGAGGAGUGGGAUAAGAUUGUGAAGAUGGCAUCUCCAGUCUCUAGUAGCAAUGGUCUCCAGUUUGACUCUCUGGAGGACAUUCACAUCUUCAUCCUCUCCAACAUUCUCCGUAGACCCAUCAUUGUCAUCGCAGACCAGGUUGUCAGGAGUAUGAAAUCUGGCUCCUCAAUCUCUCCUCUGAAUGUGGGUGGAAUUUAUCUGCCUCUACAUUGGCCACCAUCAGAGUGCUACAAAUACCCCAUCGUGCUCGGCUAUGACUCCCAACACUUUGCACCUCUCAUCACCAUAAAAGACAGUGGUCCAGAAAUCCGAGCAGUACCGCUGAUUAACCCGAGGCGAGUGGGCUUUGAGGAGCUGAAGGUUCACUUCCUGAUGGAGAAAGAGCAGCAACAGAAAGAGAGACUUCUCAAUGAUUACCUGCAGCUGAUGGAGAUCCCUGUGAUUGGCUUGGGUCACGAAGCCACAAUGAUCAUGAAAGCUGCUCGACUGGAUGAGGGGAACCUUCCUGAAGACAUGAACCUGAUGGAGGACUACUUGCAGCUUGUCAACCACGAGUACCAGCGCUGGCAGGAGGAUAAAGAGCAGGCAUGGGCCGCCCAGCCACAGCGCCCACCACCAUUCUCCGUCUCCCAGCUCUCCCUCAUUGAGAUCCGAUGUGCCACACCACGCUGCACCUUCUACGUCUCUGUGGACACUCAGCCUCAUUGCCAUGAGUGCUUUGAGAAGCGACAAGCCACCACAGGUGGAGGAACGAGGAUAGAAGGUGUGGUUCAGACCAAGGGAGCAGGUGUGCAAGGGGUGAUGGGUGGAUCAGAGACUGAGGUGAGCUCCAGAGGAGCCCGAAGCAGCAGCCCCCCAUGCUCUUCCUCUGGGAGAGGGGUGGUGUUAUCCAGCUCUGCUCCACCCACUGCUCCCAGCCUCAGCCUAUACAGUGAAACUCAUGCCAUGAAGUGCAAGACACCUGGCUGCCUCUUCACCCUCAUUGUAGAACACGAUGGACUUUGUGAGCGCUGCUUUAUCUCCAGGCAGAACCAUGGACCUUCUACGACAGGAACCGCUGCUAGUGGACUCCCAGGCUCCAAUGGGGGGCCUGUUGUCCCCCACCCAACCCAGCGCUCUGGUUGGACCCAGUGGGGGGGUUGUGACACAGAGACAGAGCGAUGCAGCAUGUGCAGACAGGAAGCGUUCAGGAUAUUCAAUGGUUUGUGUCCGUCCUGCAUGCAAAGACAGCUAGUUACAGAGAGGGGUGAGCCACAGCAGAACAACCCCAGGACUGAAGCCUCAUCCUCUGCUUGGAGCCAGGCCAGAGACACUGAGCGGCCGUGCCUCACCCUAACUCCAGCACACCCGUCAGCCUGGCAGACCCCUCUGGCCCGGCUUUGUAAAAGAACAGGCUGCCAGUUCUUUGGGACGCCAGAAAAGUUGGGUUUCUGCACUAUUUGCUAUGUAGACUAUCAGACCAACCACCACUUGACUCCUCCCCCUGCCCCUGUUCAGAACCGGCAUGGUUUGGAAACAGGUUUCCAGAAUGCCACGCGGUGUCGUGGGCCUGGAUGUGGUGCACUUGGCAAGGCAAUGCUGGAGGGCUACUGUGAUAAGUGCUACGUUAAAGAGCAAAGUGCACGGCUCAACCAAGUGGCACAUCGCACACCACAAUCCCCUCCUCUGGUCAUGCGUGACCGAGCAGCCAAACCCAGAUCUUCGCAACAAUCCCAGACCCAGAGCCAGACUCAGUGCCGACGGAGUGGCUGCAGCAACGUGUCUCCGGGCUGCACAGACCUCUGCCCAGAGUGCCACACACGUGGCCAGGGCAGGGAAGCAGGCAGGCGGGCGCAGGCGCCCAAGGAGAAGUCUAAGCAGCGGUGCAGGACGCAGGGCUGUGACCACUAUGCCAACCAAGAGAAACAGGGCUACUGCAAUGAGUGUGACCACUUCAAACAGAUUUACCGCGGCUGACCGGACGCUCGCCACCACAUAUGGUGACGAUGACAACGCAUCGCUAGAGCUGCUGCCACCGCUCUGCUGUGGGCUCCCCAUGCCAGUCAAUGCACCUCUGAUACUAACUAACUAACCAACUAACUAGCUAGUGACUUACUAGUAACCUUAUGGCCUGAAAAUCAACCCCUCCCCCAUGUAGAAUGUGAAGAGAGCGUGUGUACAUGGGGGGGUGAUGAAUGUGUGUGUGUUCGCAGUAGACAUGGCCUCCUGAAUACCUCUUUGUGCAAUUAUUAUCAUCUGAUUUGCCGUGGGCUCUUAGACGGUGAGAGGUUUGGCUAUAUGUCAGAGCAACUGACUUAACUCUUGUGUACAAUAUGUAUUUAGAGGUACGUAGUGAAUCAUGCCGGACAAAAUGAUUGUAUGUUGACAUAACAAGAAGCAUCUGACAUUGCUUUCUAGACCACAGCCAAGGAUUUAUACCCCCAUCUGUCCGUAUUGUCUGUCUGUCUUACCCAUCUGUGUAUCUUUCUGCCUGUCUGUCUAGCAUUUACUCUGUAGGGUGAAGGAUGCAUUAGAUGGGCGAGGCCAGCAACAAAUCUGGGGAAGUAGUAAGCAGAAGUGAAGCAAACUGGGCCAAAGCAAAGCAAGUGAAGCACUUAAAAUGAAGUCUAAUGAUAUUCACUGUUGUUUAGCUUAGCUCUCCCAAGUCUCUCAUUUAUGUACUCUUUACAUAAAGAGGCUCUUGCCAUCAGUAUUGUAAUAUUCUACAAAUUUAAUUUUCCUCCAUUAGUUAACAGAAAUGUAAGUUUAUGUUUUCAGGCAAGUCAUCUUUAGUGUUGUCACUUUUCUAAGUUAAUGUAAAUUGCUUGAUAUGGAAAGUAAAAACAAACCAUGUGUCUAAAUGAUGCAAGACAGACAGGGCAGGCCCCUGCUAGUUUUGGUGCUACAUGUACAGAAACACAAGCCUCUCCAUUGUAGCCAACAUGCUGGUGGUGUCAGCAGCCAGAAGGCAGAGAACACAGUAAAGACAGAACUCACCCUCUUUCUAUUUCUCCUUUCCUUCCUCUAAUUUCCCCUUUUUUUCAAAACAGAUCUGUUGCCUUGGACAUUGUUUUCAUGUUUACUUACUACUUAAGCACCUAGAAAUGCAUAUAAGACAUGCGCACGCAUUCCUGCACAUGCACAUACAAAUGUAGUUUUGUCAGUCCUGCAGAAAGGGAUUGGCAAUAACAAGAACUUAUGAGAAUGCGACAACACAUCAGUCUGCAUAGUUAUCCACCCACCACACAACACAUUUGCACACAUGUAACCACAGCUCUUUGAGAUUGUAUGCCCUCACCUGAGCCUGAGGUGAGGUGUAGCUAAACAAACCUGUAAAAAGAGAUGCAUUCCUCUUUGCUCCACCUGACUGGAUGUGCCAAGGCGACAAUUUCAAAACUUCAUAGAGCAAUCCCAUUGCCUGCUUUGGCUUAUCUUGUUUAUCUGAAUGUGUUUUGUGCUGUUUCUGUAACAGCACAGUAUUGGGGCUGAUCCUCGAUAAGUUUUGCCUUUAAGUAGUAAUGAAAUUCUAUGGACCAGAGGAGCCUGAUCAGUGAUUAUGUAUCAGUGCUCCUACCUUUAAAAUGCUUUUGUGAAUAUGGAUCUUGAUCCAUAUUGUAGGACCUUCCAACCCGAUGCCUCAUCUUCAACAUACACACACAAUGCACAGAUGUGACAAAAAAAACUGACAUUCCUGUUUUCUUUUGUUGGUUUUGGAUUUAUUUUUUUUGUGCUUUUUUGAUAUAUUUGUUUCUGUUUUUUUUUUCCAAAAGUUGAAAACAAACAAAAAAAGUGCCAUCAAUUGCCAAACAGUUGUUGUUACCUCCUUAAAAUGGCCAGCCUGGGUUUUUCAAGACUUUUGUAAGUGCCAUGGAUAGACAUCUACGGUUCUGUGAAAACCAUGCAUUAGAGCUUAUCAGGACCAUCAUCACUGAAAAUCCCCAAAUGGAAAAUAUCUUCAUUUCAAAUAUGAAGAAAUAUUUACCUACCGAGAUAACCUAAAGCAUAAGACUUUUAUCAGAUCAACUCAAAAGUGAUAACCACAUCAGCAGCUAUUCCCCUCAGAUCACUGAUAAACACACCCUCUGCUGUAGAUGUCCAUCUGUGGCUUCAGUCAGAAACAACAAACAGGCUCUUGGUCUGCCUUUUCAUUCAACUGUAUCUAAAGCUGUCAGGCCAGCCCACAUGCCGACGGCCUGUGCGUAGAUAUCUGUGUGCUUUAAUCACCUCUAGAUGAACCUUAAUCAAUUAAAGGCCAAUUAGUGGUCAAGCUCAUCAGGACCCUUUGGGGGACUCUGGCUGAGUUUGGCAGGGAUGGAGAUCAUAUAAGUUGCACAUGACUUGUCUAAGCUGCUGAGGCAUUUAGGAAUGGCACUCUGACUUGUGGAGGGACAUUCCAAAAGUAGGAGGAGCAUCGGCUUGAGAGCAGAAGGUGCAACAAAACAUGCAAAUGGUGUGGAAGUUUCUUUUGACAAUAGGGUAUUGUAUGAAAAAAAACUGUUUUUAUUUGUUAAGUAUUUAUUAAUAUCAAGAUAUCUGUAUUGUGUGAUCCAAUAAUUAUUUAUAUGUCGUCCUGAAAUGAAUUAUUUUUAUUAAGAAACUGA